AUGCGUAAUACUGGUUUAUGUUAUGAUCGUGGUAUUGGUGGCGAUCAAAUGAAAUCAUUUAAAUGGUUCAAAGAAGUUGCAAAUAAUGGUUGUAUCAAUAGCCAAUAUAUGGUUGGAAACUUCUUUUAUGAAGGAUGUGAAAUACGUGGAACCGAGAAAGAUAUUAUAAAAGUUGUGCACUGGUUAACGAAAGAAAAUGAAAAUGGGGGUGGAUUUAUUAGUCGAAAUAUUCGAUAA